AUGGACAAAUUCGACGACAAGAUUGACAAUUCUGAGAUAAUCCUUCUGAACUCCAAAAUCGCGUUUGUGAGCCAGCCCAUCCUCCCACUACAGAUGUUCUAUAAGCUCAAGGAGCAAAAGCAUUGGUCGAAGGUCAAAUAUCUCGUCAAGUACUACCAUCUAGAAGAAAAGCGGGUUUCCAAAACGCGCCUACCCUUGUCGGACCUAAUCCGAACUGUCUCUGAGGCGCAGCGAGAGGCAGAUGCAAGUGACCCAUCUGAGGUCCACACUGUGUUGCAUUGGGAAGUUGACUCUGAAAAAUUCAAGCAGACCCUCGGGCCCCGUCUAGGUGGUAACGAGCGUCAAGUUUCGUCUACUGAGAAGGAGAGCGUAAAAGGCCCUCACAAUACCUAG